AUGAAUAAUCUGCCCAGUGGACAAGCUGCCGAAGCCAAACCAUCCGAGGCAGGCGCCAGACGAGAUGAACGGCAUGAAAAUCAGCCCCCAACGAUUCCUGGUAAUCAGAACUCGCCGUCUGCUUCAACACCGGACGUAGGCGCCAGAGGAGGUGCAGGACAUCUUGGUGAUCAGAACCCGUCCGCGACUAUUAUAGCUAGGACUCCGGGCCCGGGGGCUGUUUUCGCAGGGCAGGAACCAUUUGGAGCGGGCGCCAGAGGAGGUGCAGGACAUCUUGUUGAUCAGAACCCGUCUGCGACUAUUAUAGCUAGGACUCCGGGCCCGAGGGCGGUUUUCGUAGGGCAGGAACCAUCCGGAGUAGGCGCCAGAGGAGGUGCAGGACAUCUUGGUGAUCAGAACCCGUCCGUGACUAUUAUAGCUAGGACUCCAGGCCCGAGGGCUGUUUUCGCAGGGCAAGAACCAUCCGGAGCAGGCGCCAGAGGAGGUGCAAGACAUCUUGGUGAUCAGAACCUGUCCGCAACUAUUAUAGCUAGGACUCCGGGCCCGGAGGCUGUUUUCGCAGGGCAGGAACCAUCUGGAGCAGGCGUCAGAGGAGGUGUAAGACAUCUUGGUGAUCAGAACCCGUCUGCGACUAUUAUAGCUAGGACUCCGAGCCCGAGGCCUGUUUUCGCAGGGCAGGAACCAUCCGAAGCAGGCGCCAGAGGAGGUGCAGGACAUCUUGGUGAUCAGAACCCAUCUGCAACUAUUAUAGCUAGGACUCCGGGCCCAGGGGCUAUUUUCACAGGGCAAGAACCAUCCAGAGUAAGGGCUAGUGGAGGUGCAAGACAUCCUGCAUGGGAUGUACCAUAUUCCAAUGUGUUUAUUGCUCACGGCAGCCCAAAAUGGNGGGCUGCUUUCGUAGGGCCGAAACCAUCCGGUAAUCAGAACUCGUCGUCUGCUUCAACAAAAUCAAAGCAUAUUCAAGCUAAGACUCCGGUCCCGGGGGCUGUUUUCCCACCGCAGCAACCAUCCGAAGCAGGCGCCGGAGGACGUGCAGGAGAUCUUGGUGAUCAGAAAUCGCAGUCUGCCCCAAAAAAAUCCCCGACGACUAAAGCUAAGAAUGCGGAGAUCACAGAAAAUCCUGCUGAGAAUGGGCAAACUUCUCAGCCAAAGGACAAAAAAAUUUAG